CACGGGCGCCAUGAGCGAGGCGGAUGGGCUGCGCCAGCGCCGGCCAGUGCGGCCGCAGGUCGUCACGGACGAUGCCCGGGUCCCGGAGGCCAAGGGCGGCAGCUCCUUCAGUGGCAGAGUGUUCCGAGCCACCUUCCUGAUGCUGGCUGUGUUCCUCACCGUCCCCCUGCUUGGCGCCAUGAUGCUGCUGGACUCUCCCAUAGACCCACAGCCUCUCAGCUUCAAAGAACCCCCGCUCUUGCUUGGUGUCCUGCAACCAAAUACGAAGUUACGACAGGCGGAAAGGCUUUUUGAAAAUCAGCUUGUUGGGCCAGAGUCCAUAGCACAUAUCGGGGAUGUAAUGUUCACUGGUACAGCAGAUGGCCGAAUUGUAAGACUUGAAAACGGUGAAGCAGAGACCAUCGCCCGGUUUGGCUCAGGCCCAUGCAAAACCCGAGAUGAUGAGCGUGCUUGUGGGAGACCCCUGGGCAUCCGGGCUGGGCCCAACGGGACCCUUUUUGUGGCUGAUGCAUACAAAGGGCUAUUUGAAGUAAAUCCCUGGAAACGUGAAGUAAAACUGCUGCUGUCCUCCGAGACACCCAUUGAGGGGAGGAAAAUGUCCUUCGUAAACGAUCUUACAGUAACUCGGGACGGGAGGAAGAUUUAUUUUACAGAUUCUAGCAGCAAAUGGCAAAGACGAGAUUAUCUGCUGCUGGUGAUGGAGGGGACGGAUGAUGGUCGCCUGCUGGAGUACGAUACCGAGACCAAGGAGGUGAAGGUUUUGCUGGACCACUUGCGGUUCCCCAACGGGGUACAGCUCUCUCCUGCGGAGGACUUUGUCCUGGUGGCGGAAUUGACCAUGGCGAGGAUCAGGAGGUUCUACGUGUCUGGCCUGAUGAAGGGAGGGGCCGACCUGUUUGUGGAGAACUUGCCUGGAUUCCCAGACAACAUCCGAGCCAGCAGCUCCGGGGGUUACUGGGUCGGCAUGUCGACCAUUCGCUCCAGUCCUGGGUUUUCCAUGUUGGAUUUCUUAUCCGAGAGACCGUAUCUUAAAAGAAUGAUUUUUAAGCUGUUCAGCCAGGAGACGGUGAUGAAGUUCGUGCCGCGGUACAGCCUCGUCCUGGAGCUCAGUGACAGCGGGGCCUUCCGGAGGAGCCUGCACGACCCCGAUGGGCAGGUGGCCGCUUACGUGAGCGAGGUGCACGAGCACGACGGGCACCUGUACCUGGGCUCCUUUAGGUCCCCUUUCCUCUGCAGACUCCGCCUGCAGUCUGCUUAGGCCUGUCGUUGCCCUGCGCGCCACCCCUGGGCCAGGAG